AUGGCAGGUCAAGGUCUUCUGUAUGUAAGAAUUGACCGAGGAUAUGAAUUCUUCUAUGCCCACAGUAAUCAUGGUUUGGAAACUUCCUAUUUGGAAAAGCCAGGAGAAAAUAACAAUCAUACUGUGAGUAUCCAUCCUGCACAUUCUGCCGACCAUAUACUGUUUUCCCCGAAGAUGGCGAGGAUAAACAGCCCAAAUUUCCUCAUUUGUAGAUACUUUGCUCCAGCCUGUUGCACAGAAACAACAAUCCUACAUUAAGGAUACUACUGAUUUUAUAAAUUUUAUAAAAAACAAAGAUAGGCCAGGAUGCUAUUUUAGUAUCAAUGGAUGUUUGGCUUAUAAAUGAACAUACCACAGGAAGAGGGAACAGUAAUAGUACGUAAAACAUACGAGUUGUUUCACAAUAAUGACCCUCCAAUUCCCACACACUGCCUCAGAGAAAUGCAACAGAAAACUCAUUUGAGUUCAAUGGAAACAAUUAUCUCCAAACCCAUGGGGUUGCAAUGGGCACAAAAACAGCAGUGGCUUUUGCAAAUAUCUAGAUGGCAGAGAGUGAAACAAACCUAAUCCAACAAAGUAACACCAUGCAAGCCAAAACAAUGGAAGCGAUAUAUUGAUGACGUUUUCUCCCUUUGGGACUAUAACAGAAAAGACAUGGAACUUUUAUUAAAGAAGCUAACAAUUUCCAUCCUACAACAACGUUCACAGCCGAAAUAUCAGAGAACAAAAUAACUUCCCUUGGUACAAUAGUUUUCAAAGGAGAGCGAUUCACAGAGAAAUCCAUCUUGGUCAUCAAAACUCACUAUAAGCUGACUGAAACCUUUCAAUAUACACACUUUGCCUCGUGCCACCCAAGAGGCUUCAUUAAAGGCGGGGCAAUAAGAUUGCUCCGAACAAACUCUUCAAAAACAAUAUUUGAUGAGUGCCUUGCGAAGUUUAAACAAUGCCUCGAAGCACGAGGGUAUCCUAAACAAGAUAUAGAAAGGCCGUUGUCAGAGGUCAACUCUGACCUUACACAAUAAUUAUUGGCCCUAAAACAAAAGCAAAAAAGUAAAGAGAGACUAUUGCCUUUCGUUAAAACAUAUCACCCAGCAGUACAAGAUCUUAAAAAGACAUUGAUGGCAAAUGGAAGUCUAAUAGAAAAUCAGCCUCUGCUGGAAACAAUUUUUAGAAGACCUCUGAUCAUAUCCUACAGAAGAGGUAAAUCUCUGAGAGACAUGCUUGUGAGGGCAAAAAUGUAACUUGAAGGCAUUUGAUGAUGUGACGCAACCACAAAAACCACGUUGGGAGUCCGUGCAGGUCUGUCUUUGACUUCUUUUAACAAAGAAAUGCGAUUCCAUAACAACGUCAAGGGGCACAUUUGUAAAUGUGUCUGCAAGUGAGUUUAAGGCAAUUAUGUCCAAUGGUUGGAUUUCACCUGGCUCUUGCAAUGUUUGAAUCAAAGAAAUAGUUUGGUCUACUACUUCAGCAAGGACCCCUGCAUCUAGGUUUUGCUCUUCAACAUCCUGCAAGAUAGCUUCUACUUUUUGAAGAAAAGACUCCAAAAACUUGGGAAGAUCACUUCCCAAAUCAACAGCAUCAACAUCUGCCAUAGUUGUCAGUUAUGAGUUCUGGCCCUCUUCUCCUAGUCAGCUCGGGUUGGCCAUGCUCGCGCCAAGAAGAUUAAAGAAAUUCCUGGAGGAUUGAACUAGUUUUUGGAUGGAAUGAAUGAAUAUUUACGUGAUUGGAAUGAAUGAAUAUUUCAGUGAUUGGAUUGAAUAAAAUAUUUCAGUGAUUGGAGUGAAUGAAUAUUUAGUCAUGAUUAAAUUGAACUGAUAAACAUAGCAUUAAAUUGAAUGCUUAUUUUUUUCUUUAAAAAAAAUUUCAAAGAUAAAUUAAAUGGCAUUAGGCUAAUAUGACUGGAUUGAAUAAAUUUUUGACUUGAUUGAAUUUUGCUACAAACGGCUUCCCAUUUAGGUAAGUGUUAAUGUAAUGAAUAAUUUUAGAUAGGAUGCCAUGCCCCUUUUAAAGUACUUUCAGUUAUACAGCUAUGGAAUUGAUUAUAUAAAAAGGUCAGAAAAAGAGCAUUUUUAGGGUGGAAUCAAAAGAUUCAAAAUGUCACUGUGAUUAGCUACAUUGUAAUGUGUAUUUCUAUGGAUGGAACGAUGCCUUUGGGGGAAACACUAACAGAGAAAAUAAUAGAUGUUACAUUGGUAUUACUGAAAGUGUACAAUAGGGUACCAAAAAUGGGCGCAGAUGUCAUAACUCUGUACUUCCAUCUCGUCAAUACUUAUCUCCAUGCAAUUAUUAUAGCGGAGGUCCAUGUGCACGAAGUGCGCGCAAGCGUAGCCCCUUACCUAAGAAAAUGUGGUACUUUAGCCAUCCGAGAAAUUUUGAUAAAACAUGACUGUACGCCCAUCCAUUUGUCCACACAACAGGUACAUGAUUGUAUACCAAUGAAAACUAACUCAAUCAACAGGUUUGGCACCCAAAUGCAACAUGAGGUUAUUUGGGCAGAAAAUUGCCUAGCCACCCCCAUCUUGUGAAGCAGAGACAACCAAAGAGUCAAUAAAGCAAAAAAGGAAAGUGGAAAUUGUUUCUGUAUCCUUGCUGUCUAAAGUAUUAAGCAUAGAUUAAUAUUGUCAUAUCCACGAAUUGGAAUAUACUAGAGAAAGAGAAAGACAGAGAAAAAGAGAAAAUAGGCGACAGCCAAGCAAAGAUCAAUGAGAAAAAGAGCGACGGAGAACUAGAGCAAGAGAUAAGGAGCCAUUUUUGUACGCAGGGGAAGAACAAACAUUUAAUUCGCUAAUUCCUGGAGACAUUCUAGGCUGUAAUCUAAUUGGGGCACUUUUGCAUCAGAUCACAAAUGGACAAACAAUGCCGUUGAAUGAAAGGCGCAAACAUUCAUACAUUGUAAGUGUUUAGCAUCUAGCUCUUCUUCUCUUUAUUUUAAAAAAGAUAAACUUCAAUGUCGGCAUGUUAAUGGAUGUUCUUACAUUUAGAUGAGUGACCGUGAUUGCUGAAUAUUUACAAAAGAAGAUUUUUAUAUGUCAACUUUUGUUGAAUACUAAUAAAGUAUCAGUUGCAUUUUGUAUUUCUUGUGGUUUUUACUCCGCUACUAUAAGGCCUCUUGUCAACUCCUUUAUGUCUCAUGAUUAAAUAUAAAAGCUGUUUAUCGUGUGGACGGCAGCGCUCCUGCAGCUCUCAGUGUCGCUACCGCAGCGUUCACGCAGUCACAAAAAUGCACUGCUGCAGCGAACGGAAAACAGCGUUCGUGCAACCUUUCUGCAGCGCUCGUUGCAGCGCUAAUAAGUCGCUAAAGCAGCGCUGUUUUAACGUCUUCUGUAUCGUACGGGGAGCGACAGAGAACUAGAGCAAGAG